UCAGGUUGGGAAGGUCAUAAUACGUGAAUUUGAAGGUUCGGUGCUUCUGAAUGGCUGGACGGGCGCAAUGGUGGUUAAAAUUAGUCUUGUCAAUACCAUGACGUAGCCACAUAGACUGUCAGCAGUGUGUGUCAAUAGAAGACUUCAUUCGUCAUCCUGGGACACUCCAGGACACCGAACUUUUGUUGUUAUUUCGUGGUCGGGAUAUAAUUACGUGGAUACUGAAACUUCAUUUGAAGUGUUGGAAGUCUUUGGUGGUGGUAUUGGAACCAAGACUUCAAAAUCAUGGCGUCUUCACCAAAACUGUCAGAUGAUGUGUCAGGGGAAAGUGUAGUGCGGUUGAGUGGAGAAGGCAAAGCACAGCACUUCAUGGGGUCAUGUUACUCCAGCAAGACCAAGGACGGCAACGAUAAUUCUGCAACUAAUAUGCCUGGUCCACGUCCUAAGUCUUAUGCCUAUCAAACCAAAGGCCAAAGAUACCCUGGAUCUGCGACUAAAGAUCGGAGCAGUGCUAGUCUAGAAGAAAUCACGCCAAUGGUGAACGCCAAUUUACGCCGCUCAAAAAGCAGUGUAUCAAAAUUGAGUUCAAGUUCGCAGUCGUUAGAUAAUAAAAAUGCCAACAAAGAAACAAAUAUUGCUUCGACGUCUGCUGCUGGUAAGACUGUACCGGAAAGUAAACUCAAGGCCCGGUUCGGGUUCGGGAUGUUGCGACGGAAAGACGAUGAAAACAGUAAUAAAACUUCAUCACAGACUAGUCUCAAUAGUCAAAGCAGUCGUCAUGGAGGAAGUGUGGAAAAAAUAAGUAAACCGGAGAAGGGGUCGAAAUCGUCACCGUUAGUCGAAUGUAAGAAUAGAAACAAUUUAGAUAAUACCAAAAAUGACGCUUUGUCCAAGUCGACAAAGUCACCAGUUAUACAUCGUUCAAGUCCUGCCGCAGCAAAACGUCCUGUUUCUGCCGAAUAUAGAGUGGAGAGUAAAGCAUUAAGAUCGGACAAAAGUAGAGACGUUCAAAGUGCAAAGAGUGGUGCCAUAUCUAGUCAGUCCUCGAGCCGCUUACCUGUUGGUGGGAGGGGACCCCUUUUAUCGAAGCUACAGGUACCCAAAUCCAAGGCACUGUCCCAUACUGAUCACUUCGCUGCCAAGAACAUCAGCCCCUAUCCAUCUCCAAAAACCACACGGAACCUUUCCUCGAAGAGUUUACUGAAGCCAGCUGUGAGCCGUCCGCCGAGUAAAGUUCACAAUGCCAACGUGGAAUCUACCUAUAAUAAAGCAGAUGCUAACAAGGAGAGUGAAAAAGCUGCACCAAGUGUUCAGGAGAAUGGGGAAGAAAAUGGGAACUAUGUAUGUGAAGAAGCUGACAAGAACUCAAAGUCAGUGGUAUCUUCAGAACUGACGGAAGAACCAGGUAUCAGUUCAGUUAAACUUUAUGAGUCUCAGCAAGAUAAUGCUAGCACGACUAGCAGUGUUCGAAGCUUGAUCGCCCAGGCUAAGCGCGUGUCGCUAACUCUGAAUGGAUCAGAGCGAUUCACACCCGAUUCUUUACCGGAUACGCCGUACAACAAGCGUGCGCCAUUGGCAACGUUUGAUAGUUCUGUAGAGGGGAGUUCGUUUAGUCUGUUGUCUGACGAUUUGAUGUUGGAUUAUGACGAACUGGAAGAUGAAGAGUUAGAAAAGACGUUGUGUAAGUCGUUAUCAGCUGCGAGCACGCCAGCAGAGGAGAAGUCCAUACUGCAACAAUUUGCUAUGGCGCAGCGGAAAUCCCCUGGGGACGAGAGAUCUGUUUUACAACAGUUUGCGUUAAUGAAUCGGAAGAUGAAGCCACGUAGUAAAUCGGUGGAAGCAUUACGGAAGAAAUCUAUUGGGAAGUCGCCACUUACGAUAGAUAGUACUGGGACUGUGAAGAAUGGCCACUCGGACCUGAAUGAUUCGAAGCAGGGUGGGGUUGAAGUGGGCGAGGUGGAUUUGGAGGUUAAAGCUGGAGAGAUUGAGGGGGAGGAAGCAUCUCAGGACGAGGAGGUCUGUGUUUCUACAGGUACCGUUGCUUUAGAAAGUACUCCAGUCAUCGAGGAAGAAGUCCUUGCGACUGUCCAUGCGACGGUAGAAAAUCGGCCUACGACACUGCUGUUAGGCUUGCCCAAGAAAGUGUCUGAAGCAUCAAAACUGAAAGAUAUUGAAGCUGAGAAAAAGGCAGAAUCAAAAUUAUCGGCUCCAAAAACUGUGAAGGAGUCGAAACUGCAGAAAAAGUCUGGACUAGUCCAUCCUUCUUCUGUGAAGUCAGGUUUAGUACAACCUGGCAUUAAAUCGGGAAUUACGCAAUCUGCCACUAAAUCAGUGGAAAAAUCAGAAAAGACUGAAAAAGUAUCAGAAAAGACUGAGGGGGUAAAAGUAUUGUUAAAGACAGAUAAAGUCAUCGGGAAACCCCCGACUGCUGGUGCCAGUGGCGGACUGACGAAGAAGGUCUAUGGUGAAAAGAAGGCUCCUUUGGUCCGUAGUGCGACUGACAACCCAACAAGGCCACGAUCACAAACUCUCAGUGAGCUGAAUCAACUCAUGCAGGACACCACACCUACGAAGGCUCCUCAUCUCCGAACUCGUUCCCAGUCCAGUCCUCUGAAGCCACCACGGCCGCGGUCCGUCUCAUCCAUCGAUGAAGAGGACUACGUCCAGAUGGACGGCUACAACUAUCGCCACAUCAUGCAGGAUGUGACGACUUUCAAGACGAUGCUUCACAAACUGAAGCGUCAGCUGCAGGAUGAUGAGUUGAGCAGUCCAUUUGAAGUUGAAUCAUAUGGUCGGUUACCGGGUGGUGGUUAUCGUGGUUCAUCAUUUGGUAGUGACACGUCUGCUCCGGGUGUAGGUGCUGUGUCGAUAUCAGAUGCAGGCUCCCUCAAGAGGCAACGGUACCGGGAUUCUACCGGUAGUUACGGCACGUCCAUGUCAUCAGUGGCAUCUGUAGGAGUGGAUGAAUUGUCUGAGGAGAACACUACGCUGCGACAUCAAGUUGCUGUUCUACAGCGACAGCUGGAAGAGAAAGAAAGAACAAUAAAGCUAUUACAGCAACAAAUGACAAAGUAUACGGGUAUAGACUUAGAGAAUCCCAGCUGCCUGAGUGCCGCCACACAGACUGAUGAGGAUGUCCAAGACAACAAGACCAACUCUAAAAAGUUACAGAAGGGAACAAUACCUCAGAAAGGACAAAUUCCACAGAAAACACUCGUCAACGAUAUCCUGGACGAGGUUACUCGAAGAUCCAAUGAGGGCGCAGAGAAUUUCCGAAACCAGCUGAAUGCUGUUGAGGACACUUUCACUAACAUGACGGGGAAUCUGAGGAAUGCGCAUAGGAGUUUUAGUCAGACGUCUCUGAAUAAGGUGAAGUGAUGCCAGGUCAUCUGUGACUAUGAUAAGAUGGAUGUAGAUUCCUGGAAAGACUUGGAUGAAUACUGGUGGUUAUGGUGCAUGGAUUAGUCAAGUUUUCUGGAUUGGACGUUAUAAGCAGUUGGAUUUUAUUUGCUCUUUUGCAUGGCCAACUCUAUGGAUAUUGAGUGACUUGAUUUUGGAGAUUGUGAUUCAGUAUGAAGUGGUGUUCAGUCGGAUAAUGCAAUAAGUGUUAGCAUAAUGCAGUGGAUCACUGGUAUAGAGCGUCAAGGGAUUCAGAUUAUUUUCAGCUCCUAAAAACGGGGACUGUAAGGGAGGGAGGCGAAAGCUAAAUGCUGUGUACUGUUUGUAGUAUUGUCAUGAUAUCGGACCACAAUAAGACCAGUAAUAGAAGACCCGUCCAGAGUCUGUGCUACCACAAAAAUGGGGGAUUCACGGCACUGCUAUCUGAUAAGGGUAUGAUCAGUCUGAUCACACCCUGUCAAGUACUUUAAUAAGUAGCGCUUUAUGCUUGGUCAUGCUAUUCAUGUCUGUAUGUGAUGUAUGUGAUGUGCCCUGUUAACAGGCAUGUGCCAAAAGCUAAAUGUUUAGCUUCUAGGUUGUGCUGCCAUCUAUAAUCAUGGAUCUGAUUGUAUUCUAACUGUGUUGUCAGUGUAAAACCCCUACUCCACUAAUAUGGGGUGUAUCAGUGUCAAAAUCUGGGCAAACCUUUUUUCUACUCACUGAUAUGAAAAAAAAGGAUGAAGAUUACCUUCAGCUUUUUAAUGGGAGUUCCUUACAACCAGUAAAAACAUUUGGAAAGAGGUCUGUUGUUGCUUUUCCUUUUCAAAUUAUCUGUUAAUUUUCCGUGGUUCAGAUUUUUUAACAAAAUUUAUUUAGAAUGCUCGAAUGAGUUAUUUCAAUAUCAAUCAAUUUUGUAUUGGGGACGGUUAUUAUUUUUGUUGAAAGACACCGUAAAAAGAUUUUGUUUUUAAAGUUUACUUCCAGUGUUUUAAUGUAAGUUUUGUUAUCACUCGUUGGUUGAAAAUGGUAAGGCAUCUCAUUAAGGGUCAACUCGUUUGAAGUAUGAGACUGCUGCAUCAUGGGAAAUGAAUGUGUGGCAGGAAAGUCGGCGUUAAUUCUCAAUGUGAUUUUAUUUUAUUAUUUUCUUUCUUGGAGUUGGGGCUAAUUUUUAUGGGAGAAAAUAUGUGAAGCCUUCCAGGUUGCUUUAUAAAAAGGCCCAAAAUCUAUACCAUGUGGCUUUUUCAGUUGUCCAAGUUUAGUAGUGUACUGUUUUAACUUAAAAUUGAUGUUCAAACUGAGUAUAGAUAUUUAUAAUGAGUGUCAAUGAUGAUUAAAGCAUUCAUGCUUGCAUUUGAUGCCAGGGUCUGAAGGAGAAUGAUCUCUUAGUUUAGUUUAUAGAGUGUUUAGAUUUCAGUACUAAAUUGUCAUUGGAUAGAUAUAGCAGAUUGGGCUGUCCUUCUCGCAGCACAAGUAGCAUGCUAAUGACUUGGAAGGUUUACCCAUAAUAGCAGCUAAUUGGGCAAUAGCAUGUACUGCAUCAGGGGCUUUUCUGCUUGUAGACAAAGAUCAACUGUGAUCUGCUGUUGUUUUGACAUUCUGUGCUGAAAUCUUUAAACAAUUCUAUGUAUCUGUCAUUCCGUUUAAGUACCACAUUCCAGGCUUCUAGUCAUAAAAAAUGGUCAGUAAUUACAUGUGAGGAAUGUGUCUUCCAAUAUGUAACGUCAAGUAUGCAUUAUGUAUACUUGAUUACGUUAGCUAGGAGCUAUAUGUAUUCAACCUUCUGUCAAAAAACAUUUUUCUUGUGAUAUAAUCCUUGAAGUUGGUAUGGCUCCUGAUGGAGUUGACAGUAAUGAUAAGUUAUACCUAAACCUUUUGAACAGAAUAGGUUGCAGCUCUGUUCAAUCUUUGUUUGAUGCGCUCAGAGAGAAAGAGUAAGCGAGAGCAAGUAAAAGCAGCAGUGAGGAAAUACCAGGGAUCCCCUGAAUAACAGCAAUAUUCAUCUGACACAAUUCCCAUGGCAUGCAUGGAGGAUUUCAUAUUCAUGGAGUUUACUAACAUUGUGGAAAUUCUGAUCGAUGAACUCAGCAGUUAGAAACAGGUGGUGCUCCUCAGUCUCAAGAGCUGUGGAGACAAUGCUCAUGUCUGAAACUUUUGGAGUAGUGCGGAGUCCUUACUUCAUUGACCAUCUAGAACGUACAUGUGUUAUAUUGAUUAUGGAAUAUGUCGCAAAUGUCACUCUCUGUUAAUAAAUGAAUGAAUGAAGUGAUUUCCUUUUGUGUGUAAUGCUAAUAGGGUGCUAACAAUGACUAUCUAGAAUGAUCAAGUGUUACACCAAUUCUGAUUUUGGCUAAUAUGUGUUAAUGAGUGAGUGGGUGUCAAAGGGCUAGUCUAAUGGUCACACUGGUUUUAUGAAUCCGCUCAUGGAAUCAGACCGCUCUGACAUCCUAAAGUGGGAAACGGACCAUACCACACAAUUGUGGAUGGACGCCUUGAAAAAAGAAUAAUGGACGGUCUUUUGAGCAACCACACUCACUCUACAGCCCUUACCGGUACUUUUGAAAAACUACUUAUAAAGUUACUUUUCCAUCAUAAUAUGUAAGCUUAAAUGUGCCAUCUACUUGUUUGUACAAACUGUAAUAAUUGUUGUAAAUUAUUUAUUGAGGUAAGGUACAUGUACUGUCAUCUUUCAUUUAUCAUUUAUCAGUAACCAAGCAAUCUGAAUAUCACUUAAAACCUUUCUUUACAUUUGCUGAUGAAAUUUAACCGUAUGGCUGUUUCGUAAAUUACUUGAUGUCAUCAUAUACAUGUAAAAGAACCUCUGUAACAGAUGGGAUCAGAACAAAUCUACUUGUUAGAAGAACAGUUAAAAGAUACAUGUAGGAUACAUUUUACCAACAGUUGAAGUAAUUUUAAUUAUCUUGGAAUCUUUAUAAACUGGGUUGCUUGUUUGGCUUUCAACUUGAAGUUUAAUCUUUGAUAUCACAGGGGUGGGCGUCAGUAAAUGUGCAAUUUUCGUGAGUUUCAUUCCAUUUUCUUCAUCUGCUGUGAUGAGAACUGUAAGACAUGACACUUCAGUAAAAGGUGUAAAAAUGUUGUAAAAAUAAAACAUUGAAAUUU